AAAAUUUACAAAAAUCGCCAAGUUUGCGUUUUUUCUAGUUUUGUCACGUGUCAAAUUGCAAUGGCGGGGCCAACGCUCCAGGCCCUCAAAAUCUACUGGAAGAGCCUCUUCAUGGUGCUCUUCCCCAUAGCGCUGCUCCCCAUCUUCCUGACAAAUAAUAUCGCUGAAAUGCGCUGUCUGUACGUGGUUUGUUUGAUGGCCGGGUUCUGGGUGUUGGAGAUUCUUCCCUCGGGAGUUACUGGGCUGUUUCCCAUUAUUUUCUUCCCGAUUAUGGGGAUUUUGGACACCAGGACUACGACCAUGAGCUACUUCAAGGAGUCGAACAUGAUGUUUAUUGGUGGCUUGAUUAUUGCACUUGCUAUUGAGUAUUGUAAUUUGCAUACGAGGAUUUCGCUACGGGCGAUCAAAAUGAUUGGGUGCAGUUAUCGCCGUUUGCACUUCGGUCUAGUCACCUUAACCAUGUUGGUAUCAAUGUGGAUAUCAAACACUGCAGCCACUGCAAUGAUGUUGCCCAUAAUUCAGGCAGUUUUGGAAGAACUGGAAGCCCAAGGUCUUGGAAAAAUGUACGAAGGUGAAGUUGAUGAAGAAGGACAAUUUGAUGAAUCCACCAAACGUCCAACAAGAGUUACGAUGUGUUUCUAUAUUGGUACGGCAUAUGCAGCCACCAUUGGAGGAUUGGGAUGUAUUGUGGGCAGUGGUACCAACCUAGUACUCAAAGGCAUUUACGAGACAGAAUUCCCUAAAAGCAACGGUGUUGAAUUUAACAAAUGGUUGGCUGCAAAUGUGCCUUUAAUGUUGGCAAUAAUGUACCCAACAUGGAUUUGGAUGCAAUUCUGGUUCAUGGGCUUAUGGCGUCCGAACUCAGAGGACGCCAAAGCCAUAGAUGUGGGAAAAGAGGGUGAAAAAAUUACAAGACAAGUAUUAACUGAUAAAUUGGCCGAAAUGGGGCUUUUCACCAUCCAUGAAGUACUAGUAGGGAUUUUGUUUGUUAUGGCUGCGCUUUUAUGGUUUUUGAGACGGCCUGGGUUCAUGAAAGGCUGGCCUGACCUUAUCACAAACACUGCUACUGGUGACGCCACAGCCGCCAUGAUUGUCGUCCUCCUCCUUUUCAUCAUCCCAGCCCGCUACGAUUGCACUCGCGAAAUUUCUCUCAAAUUAAUAACAUGGCAAUACGUUCAGAAAAAAAUGCAUUGGAGUUUAAUUUUUCUGAUGGGUGGUGGUUUUGCCAUCGCUGAUGGUAUGAAAGCAAGUGGUUUGGGCAAAAUGGUAGCGAAUGAAUUGAACGCUGUAACCACUUAUCCGAAAUUGGUGAUAAUGGUUGUUGGGUGUUUGAUUGGAGCUUUUGUCACCCAAUUUACGAGUAAUGCAGCUGUGGCCAAUAUACUUUUGCCCAUCGUUGCCAGUUUAGCAAGAAAAGCUAAAAUUUAUCCAAUGUUUCUGAUGAUGCCGGUGAAUUUGUCGUGUUCGUUCGCCUUUUGUCUUCCAGUGGCCACGCCCCCAAACGCCAUUGUUGCCAUGUCGUGCAAUGUGAAAACGACCGAAAUGAUCAAAGUUGGCCUGUUGGUGGAAGUCAUCGCACUUGUGAUGCUGCUCCUUAUUUUUCCGAAUCUAGGUUCGGUUAUUUGGGAUUUUAACAGUUUUCCCGAUUGGGCCAAAAAGGACUGAAUAAACUUGCAAUAAAUUUUUGAAUCAAAA